AUGACUUCAGAGUGCCUUGAAGUGUAUUCGAUUGAGAAGAAUAAUUUGAGAAAGGCUCUUAGAGGGCAACGUGUCUGUCUCACUACAGACACAUGGACCUCUGUCCAAAACUUGAAUUACAUGUGUCUCACAGGACACUUCAUUGAUAGUGAUUGGAUCAUGCAUAAACGAAUUCUGAAUUUUUGCAUUGUAGAAGAUCACAAGGGUUCAACACUUGGAAAAAUUGUGGAAACAUGCUUACUGGGUUGGGGAAUAGAUAAGAUUCUUACUCUUACUGUUGACAAUGCAUCCUCAAAUAACUUGUUGAUUGAUUUCUUGAAGAAAAAGAUGAAAUCUAGAAAAUGCACUUUAUUGAAUCAUGAAUUAUUGCAUGUGAGAUGUUGUGCACAUAUCUUAAAUCUUAUUGUUUGCGAUGGAUUAAAAGAUAUGGAUGAGUGCAUAGUCAAGGUAAGAAAUGCAGUGAAAUGGGUUAGGUCAUCUCCACAAAGAUCAAAACUUUUUAAAUUAUGUGCAGAAAAAGAAAAGUUGUCAUGCAAACAUAAUUUGGUUUUAGAUGUGCCUACAAGGUGGAAUUACACUUAUGAAAUGUUAGAGAGGGCUGAGAGUUACCAAAAAGCUUUUGAAAGAUUAGAGGAGGAAGAUACCAGCUUUUUACGUGCAGCCGCUUAUGAGGAUGAGCAUUGUGAGGGAGGAAGGAGAAUUCUUUUUGGGGUUCCUAACGCUGAUGAUUGGGAUAAAGUGAGGUUGUUUGCCAAGUUUCUUAAGCUUUUCUAUGAUGCAACUUUGCGCUUUUCAGGCACUAAAUUUGUCACAGCUAAUAGUUUUGCUAUGGAAUUGUUGACAAUUCAAGAUACAAUUGAGCACGAGUGCAAUGGUGGAAAUGUGUGUUGA